UACGCAUGCGCUUUGGAGGAAGCCUGCGAUACGCGUGCGCGCACGCGCAGACCCUGCAGGCGGCCGGCCGCGCAUGCGCUCUUGGUUGGCGGGAGUUUCCGAAGCGGAGGUGGUGGCGCUGACGGCGGGUCGUGCAUCAGACCCCAACCCGUGAGGAGAGGCCGUGGCGACGCAGGAGACCGAAGAGUGACCCAGGGCUACGAAAAGAGUAACCUGCGGCUCUGUGUUUCAGGGACCGAGGCUCCGGGCUGAGCGGACGUCUCUCUGAGGUCAGAAAGUCUCGGACGUGGUCCCGCUUGUUCCCGCUCCAGCCUCUUUGGGCGUUGGACCCCUCGGCCCCGCCCCGCCCCGCUGUCUCUGUCGCCCGCGCUGCGGGGAGGCUGCGGAGAGGCUGCGGGGACUGGAGCGUCCCCUUGGGCGCUGCAGGUUCCUCCCGGGUGAGAGGAAACUUGGAGCAGGCCGCGCCUCCCGUUCAAGAUUUGUUUGUAGAAUCGCCGGUCCAGACUCCAGGACACUGUCUGGGGACACGGCGGAGAGCAGGGGGUCUUAGUCCUGAGUUCGAAUGCCGCCUCUGCUCCAGACUGGCUGCGUAACAAGCUUGGACCAGACUUUUUGCCCCUCUAUAUGCAAAGUAGAAUUAAAUAAUACUUAUAGAGUUGUGAAAAGGAUGAAAUGGAAUGACGAUGCAAAUAAGGCACUUACAUAGCACAGGUCCUGGUACAUAAUAAGCGUUUAACAAAUGUUGCUAUUACUAUCUAAGCUUGAAUCUGUGUGAUACAGUCAUAAGGACUGUGGGAAUUUAGAUCCUUGAGGGACCCCUCUCUGUUCUAUCUUUUCCAGUUUUCCUUUCACAUAUAUUCAUUUCUAUUUACUAAGCAUCCCCCACAUACAGAUUUCUGCUGGGAGAGAGAAGUGAGCAUGGAGGGUAGAGAGAGGCCUCAGACACGUCCCUGUCUUUGGAGACAGUUGUCUGUAGACACUGGGAAUACAAAUGCAGUCAAGCUGGCGAGACAGACAGGGCUCUUCUUCCAGGAUGACUUCAGUAUCUAGAACAGAGACUGCUGAAGUGCUGGAAGAGGAACCAGUGAUGUCUAAGACUCAUGACCAUCAAUUGGAAUCAAGUCCCAACCGGGUAGAAGUGUGUACUAACUCAUCUGCCUCCCUGGACAAGACACAAGGCAUUUCAAAGGAAAGAAUUCAUCUUGGCUCUAGCCCCCCAAAAGGAGGAAGUUGUGAUCUCAACCACCAGGAGGGGCUUCAGUCCAGGUCCCUUCAUUUGUCCCCACAAGAACAAUCUGCCCUUCAGGACAGGAGGCAGUCCUGGCGACGAGCAAGUAUGAAAGAAACGAACCGGCGGAAGUCACUGCUUCCCUUUCACCAGGGCAUCACAGAGCUCAGCAGAUCCAUCAGUGUCAAUUUAGCAGAAAGCAAACGGCUUGGCUCUCUCCUGCUUUCCAGUUUCCAGUUCUCUAUUCAGAAACUUGAACCUUUCUUAAAGAAUACUAAGGGCUUCAGUCUUGAACGUUUUCGAACCAAAGUUUCUUCUCUUUCUGAAGAAUUGAAACAUUUUACAGAUAGACUAGAAAGUGACGGAACUCUACAAAAAUGUUUUGAAGAUCCAAAAGGAAAAUCAUCAGAUUUGUGUCUGGAAACAUCAGUAGCUGAGAUGAAGGAAUACAUAGCAAAAUUUUCUUUAGAACGUCAGACUUGGGAACAGCUCUUACUGCAUUACCAGAAGGAGGCUGAAGAGAUAUUAUCCAGAGAAUCAACUGAAACUAAAAUUACUGAAAUUGAAGUGGAACCUAUGAGAUAUCAUGGGUCUUCCCAGAGUGAAGUUCUUAAUACAAAACCUGAUUACCAGAAAAUAUUACAGAACCAGGACAAGGUCUUUGAUUAUAUGGAGUUGGUGAUGGAUGAACUGCAAGGAUCAAUGAAGCAGCUGCAUGCCUUUAUGGGUGAAAGUACCCAAUGUCUCCAGAAGGUGUCAGUACAGCUCGGGAAAAGAAGCAUGCAACGAUUAGAUCGUUCACCAGCUCGAAAACUGCUCAAGCUUCAGCAACGAAACCCGCCUGCCACACAUUACUCUGGAUCUUGUCAGUGACCUUAUGCAGCCUUUCUGCCACAAGGCUUUCAAAAGAAGAGGGAUGGGAAGAGUGCCCCAGCACAUAGCGACUGUCUGGCAGUCUGAGUUGGUGAUCUCUGACAGUCAGUCUGGAGGCCCUCUUGCCUUUCAGGACAACUGUGAGACUAUAGAGCACUUCAGUUUUUUUCUUAAAGUGCCAGAAUUCAUGCAGUCAAAAGAACAUCAUUGUCAUCAAAAGUAAUUUCCAUGGAAGCCUAGACACUUUUUCCAAGAAUGUGUAAAAUGUUUGAAACUUCUUUUUUGGAAUGACCUUCGGAACUAGUAGCCCAUUCUUUUAAAUAUCUGUGGUCAGAAAUAUUCAUCCUGUGAAGAUGUUUUGCAGUUUUUGAAACAAUUCAGUCAUUUGGGACGAAGUCCAGCGAAACAUUUUGGUCACCAAGUUGGGUUCUGAUUAUCAAGGAAUUGGAUUGACUUUCUGUUGUAGCUUUGAAGGUGGUUUUAGGUAGGUGAGUUUGGAACAUUGUUUACAUCAUUGCGAUAUAUAUAUAUCACUUCACAACAUGUCCAAAUCAAAGGAAAUACUCAUUUUGCAUGUCCUGAUUUAUAGUGUGCUUUAGCUUUUAAUAAUUGAGUUGACAUCCUAACCCUUGGUCCCAUGGCAGGAAGGGGCUAAGCACUCCUUUUCAUUGUUGUCUAUAUGUGUUAAUUAUAAAAUUACCCAUAAUUAAAAACUUUCUCUUGUCUUUUUGUAUAUUUUCAGUUUAUAAAAAAUAAAAGGCCAGGAGGGCUUAGCAGAAAAUAGAAUUCUUUGCCAAGCUGCUAAAGUGAAUAUUAUUAUAGAGAUAUGCUUCAGUAUUAAUUACCAAUAAAACACCAACUAAUUUUUUUAAUUAAAUUGUUUUAUUGAGAUAUUUUUAAUCUUUAUUCUCAGAUUCCUCUAGAAGGACAAAAGCCAUUUCAUUUAAAUACCUAGUUAUAAGCCCAGUCAGAAACCUUGGUCCAAGCACCAGUUAGUGAGAGUUGAUGUCUCUUUACUUUGACCUACAUUCAUUCUUUAUUCAUUCACAUAUAUACUGAGUCCCUGCUUUGUGCUAGGCACAGUUCUAGGAGCUGGAGAGUGCAAAGAACAAAAACAGACAUGGGACCUCCCCUCAAGAAGGAGCUUACAGUCUAGUGAGGACAUAGAGAACAAGAAGAGAAAACUUCUCUGCAGAAAUGAUGUUUUAGCUCAUUUGGGAAGGGUGGAAGAGUUAAAUGGGGCAAGUGUUCCAGGCAAAGGAGUAGCAUUUACAAUAGCCUAAAGAGACAAGGAUGGUAGAACAUUCUGGAACACUAAAAGAAGAUGAGUAAAGUAAGUGUGCUAAGCCCUAGUAGAAGAGCCACCUGAGACAAGGAUAGUUGAAAGUCAUUGGAAGCCUUUAAGAA